AAAAGAAAAGGUUUUAGAGUCCCUUUAACUAACAAGAAUUACCUGUCAACAGAGUCGACGAGAGCUUUAUAUAUGCCGACUUCUCUUAUGGGACCAUACCAUUUCAUUUUUUUCAUCCUCCUUCAUAUAGCAUGGAUGGUUCAGACCAUCACUCAGUUCUCAACUUCCUCAAUCCAGAUGAAUCCAUAGGGAGGCCCAAUAUCUUCAAUGGAACAGUUCUUAAACCAAACUUCUCAAUGUUCCCUCAUGAAGAUCCUCGCGUUGAUCCAUCAAACCUGCAAAUGGAUCUGCAAAUGUACCAGAAACUACAAGAACCUGAUUUCUCCGACUGGCUUCAACUCAGCAAUCAUCUCAAGUCCGAUAAUCCAAUUUCGCCUGCUAAACUGAAAAUUCUUGAAAUAAAUAGCAAUGUUGUCAAUAACCGAAUUAAUCAUCAGCAGCAACAGCAAUCGACGAAGCUGUAUCGAGGAGUGAGGCAAAGACACUGGGGGAAGUGGGUGGCAGAGAUAAGACUACCAAGAAACCGAACGAGAGUGUGGCUUGGGACUUUCGAUACUGCAGAGGAUGCGGCGAUGGCCUAUGACAUGGCGGCGUACAAAUUGAGGGGUGAGUUUGCGCAGCUCAAUUUCCCGCAUCUCAAGCACAAACUUCACGAAGCGGUAGCUCGUGGGUCCCAGUCACCAACGAUUUCACUUCUUGAAGCCAAGUUGAAGUCUUUUCAAGAAUCGGCUACGUCGUCUUCGUCAAGUGAGAAGGAUUUGUUGCAGAACGUUGGAAGAGAGCCAACGCCGGUGGCUAAGAAGCAAAGGAGGAGUGAGGAAGAGAUUAUUAAGAAGGAAGUCGAGUGUUUAAGUAAUAAGUUUGAAGGGAAGCAGAUGACUUCAGCAGGGGAGAUUGAUGAGGUUCUGCUUAGUAGAAUUCCCUCCCUUGAUAUGGAUAGUAUUUGGGAUUCUCUUCAUAUUGCAACAGCAGACUCAUGCAAUUACUAUUCAUAUUUGUUUUCUGGUAGUGGUUCGUGA